GAGGGAACGAAAUAGUAAGUCGUGCGCAUGUUUUAGUAAAUCGAGGGAACGAAAUAGUAAGAAGUAUCAGCACUUGAAGAACCUCCCCCUGCAGUCUUUUGAGGGUGUGAGUUCCUUACUGCUUAUUGGAGCUGACAAUACUCACCUCAUUGCUCCUAUAUCCCCUGUUCGGCUGGGCCCCUCCGGAGGACCAGCUGCUAUUCAGACAAGGCUCGGCUGGACAUUACAGGGUCCGGUAAGGCUUUUGAAAGAUCAGCUGUCACCACAACAGUGCUUCUUUUUGUCCCUCACCCCUGCUGAGCUUGAGUUAAAGAGAGAUGUUGAACGGCUGUGGCAGAUUGAUGUCUUACCGUACCACUGUGAGAAGCAAGCUACCCGAUCCAAAGAGGAUCGAGAGGCUAUCAGUCUCUUGGAAGCCAAGACCACCCGAGUCGAGGUGAACGGAAUCCUCCGUUAUGCAACACCUUUAUUGCGCAGGAAGGAUUUCCCCUUCUUCUGCGCUACGAAGGAAGCAGUGAUGCCUAGUCUCAGAGGUAUGGAGCGUCGACUCGCUCAGUCACCAGAAAUGUUGGAGGUGUAUAAGUCUGAGAUAAAGAAGCUGGAGAUUACUGGUGCUGCCAUCAAGUUGCGGAACGAGGAAGAGGGAACCACAAGAGAGAAGUGGUAUAUCCCACACCAUAUGAUCACUCACAAUGGUAAAAACCGCCUAGUUUUCAACUGUUCCUUCGAGUAUGAAGGACUGAACCUUAACAACUGCUUACUACCAGGUCCAGUUCUAAGCCCGUCUCUUCUGGGUGUCCUCCUGCGGUUCAGGGAACAUUGUGUGGCCAUAAGUGGGGAUAUACGUGGGAUGUUUCAUCAGGUCCUGCUACUGCCUGAGGACAGACCACUCCUACGCUUCCUCUGGCGUGACCUGCGUCAGGAUGACCCUCCAGAUACUUAUGAGUGGCAAGUCCUUCCCUUCGGGACUACGUGCAGCCCCUGCUGCGCGUCCUUUGCCCUUCAGCGACAUGUGGUGCUGCACAGUACUCCUGACGAGGAUGUCAGAUUCUCUGUGGACCGAUGCUUUUAUGUGGACAACUGUCUACAAAGUUUGAGUUCUGUCCAAGAAGCAAGACUAUUAGUGGAUAAGUUACGUGCCCUCUUAUCCUCUGGUGGUUUUGACAUCCGGCAAUGGGCCAGCAAUGUUGUGGAAGUUGUCAGUCACCUACCUCCUGAAGCCAGAUCCUCUAAACUGGAGUUGUGGCUCUCUCAAGAUAAAGCUGACCCACGAGAGUCAACCUUGGGCCUGAACUGGCACUGCGAGCUGGACCAUCUUGGGUUCAAACACAGACCGAUUUCUUACAAUGCCUUGACAAUGCGGAGCAUCUACCGAGUGCUGGCAAGUCAGUAUGACCCCCUUGGAGUCAUCCUUCCAUAUACUACCCGAGCCAAGGUGAUCGUUCAGCAGCUUUGGGUAAAUCAUCGGGAUUGGGAUGAUCCACAACUCCCUGGUGAGCUCCGGCAAGCAUGGAUAGACUGGGAGGAGGAGCUUAAAUAUUUACCGCAGGUAACCCUCCCUAGGUGCUAUAACCCUUCCUAUAUGGAUAAUUCUAAUGUACGACGAGAGAUUCACAUUUUUAGUGAUGCCUCCGAGAAAGCAUAUGGGGCUGUUGCUUACCUGCGGUCAGAAGGUUGCCAGGGGGACCUCCACCUUGCCUUUCUUCUAGCCCGGUCUAAAGUGGCCCCACAGAAACAGCAGUCAAUACCGAGACUUGAGCUCUGCGCCGCCUUGAUAGGGGCACAGUUGGCGAGGUUGCUUACAACUGAGCUCACUCUUAAGUUGGACAAGGUCACUUACUGGACUGACUCCACUAUUGUCCUCCACUGGCUCCUUUCCGAUUCCUGCCGGUACAAGGUCUUUGUAGGCACCCGGGUUUCGGAGAUUCAGGAGUUGACCGACAGGAAAGAAUGGCGAUACAUAAAUUCUGAGCGAAACCCUGCUGAUGACCUGACUCGGGGCAAGAAGCUGCAAGACCUUAUCGGCCCCAACAGAUGGCUUCAAGGUCCGAUGUUCCUAUUGCAACCAAAGGAGGAGUGGCCUUCUCACCCCACCUCACACUUUUCUGACGCGGAAGAUGCAUCUGAACUUAAAGGAAAAAUCUUCUGUGGGAUAACUAUCACUGUGCCAUUAAUUUCAAGUAGAAAGAAGUACAACAAAUGGGAGGAUUUGGUGGAGGCAGUUGGGCAGGAGCUGCAUGGGGCGGCCGCCCAAGAUGAAUCCCCUCCAGCAAGUACCUAUAGAGAGGCAGAGACUGUUGUCCUGAGAAGGAUACAGAUGGAUAGUUUCCCCGAGGAUUUCCAGCUCCUGAAAUCCAACAAGCCAGUUCGCUCUAACAGUCGGUUGCUGUGUCUUUCUCCGGAAUUUGACGCUGAAAGCCAACUCAUUCGAGUCGGAGGAUGACUGAGGCGGGUGGAAGCCCUUGAUGCAGCUACUGUGCACCCUAUCGUACUCGACUCUCACCAUCCAGACACUCAGCUGCUCAUCAAGGACUAUGAUACUCGACUCCAUCACCCAGGACCAGAGUGAGUGUUUGCUGAGCUCCGUAGGAGAGUGUGGAUUCUGAGAGGCAGGGAGGCAAUUAAGAAGCACCAAAGGGCAUGCCUUGAAUGUUGUAAGUGGCGGUCAAAGCCAGCAACACAGCAGAUGGUUGAUCUUCCCCCUCCGAGACUCCGAUUGUAUAAACCUGCAUUCUAUUCAGCAGGAAUGGACUGUUUUGGGCCUUUUGUGGUGAAAUUGGGACGCCGGACAGAAAAGAGAUGGGGCCUCCUAUUCAAGUGUCUCACCACCCGUGCUGUGCACAUAGAAGUGCUAACCUCCAUGAGCAGUGACUCCUUCCUAAUGGCCCUGAGAAGGUUUAUUGGUCGACGUGGCCAGCCUGCAGAACUGUACUCUGAUCAGGGUACAAAUUUUCGAGGUGGAGAGACGGAACUCCGGGAAAGCUUCCGCCAACUCAGUCCAGACUUACAACAGCUGUUAGCCAAGCAAAGGAUCAGUUUCCACUUCAAUCCUCCGGCCUCUCCACACUUCGGAGGUGUGUGGGAGAGGGAGAUCCGGUCAAUAAAGUCGUCCCUUCGUACAACACUAGGCUCAGAAACAGUGUCUGAAGAAGUUCUUCAGACAGUUCUGAUCGAGAUCGAAGCCAUCCUAAAUUCCAAACCUUUAGGAUAUGUUUCAGCAGAUCUGGCUGAUCCGGAUCCUGUUACCCCCAACUGCCUGCUGAUGGGGCGGCCCGACGGUUCCUUACCCCAGGUGGUGUAUCCAGAGACCGAAAUCCUUACCAAGAGGCGAUGGAGGCACUCCCAGGUAUUAGCCGACAGAUUCUGGACUGCAUUUAUAAGGCACUACCUACUGGCAAUGCAGACAAGAGGAAAGUGGCAAAGACCAUCACCUGACAUUGAGCCUGGUUCCGUAGUCAUGUUAGCUGACCCCCAGGUACCUCGGUCCUUAUGGCACAUUGGUAGAGUUACAAAGGUCUUCCUAGGAGCAGAUGGCCAUGUCAGAACUGCAGAGAUACAGAUAAAAGACCGAACAUAUACUAGGCCUAUAGCUCGUCUGAUUGUGCUUCCUGAAAUCCCUGAAGAGGAUCAGCAUCCUGGAAGUGAAGACAAACAACAGAAAGCCUGAAUUAGUUUCCAACGGAAAACAAAUUUACAAGUAAAUUUGGGGGCGGCAAUGUUGGAAAGGCGGGGCUUAGCUCACCUGUCAAUCAUCAUCUAUGACGCAGUCAAAUGAAGCGGGAGAAAAACUUGCCUGAGACUGAGAGAAAUAACCUCAAUUUGUGUGCUAUUGUGUGCGUCUAUGACUGAUUUACCACACAUCUACCCACAAAUUCUCAACCUGCCACUUAUGUAAAUCUUCAGUGUUCAAUAAACCCCUUUGAUUUAA